UUAAUAAAUAACAACUAAUAAUAUAAACUCAAAAAAUGGCCACCAACUACAAAAGUUGUCCAUUGAAAAAACGCCCCAUUGUCUAUGUUAAAGACGAAGAAGAACUUUUGCAACAACAAGCACCCAUUGUGCACUACGAACAAAUGGAAGCCUUGGCUUUGACUAAGUCUUCCAAUGUUAGUGAUAAUGAUGAUCAACCACAAGAUUUAUCAUUGAAACGUAAAGCUAGCGACAGUUUCGAGGAUUAUGUCGUACCAGCUAAACGUGAAUAUGUCUUAAAUCUAUCUAACAAAUCAUCAUUAUCUCCCGCAUUGGAAAGACGUUCGGUAUCACCGGUACAGGAUUUAUCUGGCAGUUCUGUUAUGUUGACACCACCUUGUGAAAUUGACUCCAGCAUGGAAUAUCAACCCAGUGAUAUUCAUUUAAGAGGAUUAACUUCUGCCACCAAUGGUUAUACCACUAAUCCUUAUCAAUCGGCUUUUGUAAUGGCUGCUGGUUGCAAUCCCAUGACUGCUUUAUGGAAUACCUAUCAACCCAAUAUCUCUGCCAUAUUCCCCUCACCAGCAUCUUCAAUUGCCUCAGCUGCAUCUCCACGUUCGGCCUACAGUUAUCAACACAUUACACCACCCUCAAGUCCCGGUUCAGAAGUAAAUUCUGAACCUGAGGAUCUUUCAGUGCGUAAUGAUAUUCCUCUGCCAGCUUUAUUCCAUCUAUUCGAUGAAGCUCCUAGCCAUCAAUCAGCCAACUCUUCGGCAUCCUCGGUCUACUCUCACAGCAGCUCUACAAGUUCAUCAUCUUCUUCAGCCUCCUCUACCACUUCCAGCUCAGCCAACAAAAAUUAUCGUUUCAAGUGUGACAAAUGCAACAAGAUGUACUCCACCUCUAUGGGUUUGUCUAAACAUCAACAAUUCCAUUGCCCAGCUGCUGAAUGCAAUCAGGAAAAGAAGCAACAUGCUUGUCAAGACUGCGGUAAACUCUACACCACCAUGGGUGCCUUGAAGAUGCACAUUCGUACUCAUACUUUACCCUGCAAGUGCCCCAUCUGUGGCAAGGCCUUCUCCCGUCCAUGGCUCUUGCAAGGUCACAUUCGCACCCAUACCGGUGAGAAACCAUUCCAGUGCCCCGAUUGUCCUCGCUCAUUUGCUGAUCGCUCUAACUUGAGAGCCCAUCAACAAACUCAUGUGGAAGUUAAGAAAUACGCCUGCAAAGUAUGCCACAAAUCCUUCUCACGCAUGUCUUUGCUCAACAAACACGCCAGUUCCAAUUGUACCAUUACAAUUGCGUAAAUAUUGGCAACACUACCACAGCCUCAGCCCCAAACCACUAGUACAAAACCCUGCCACAAACCCUUAAGAUGUUGAAACUUGAAACAUUCCGCUGGAAAGGAUUAAAUUAUUAUUUUUUAAAAUUAUUUUCUUUUUUUUUCUAACAAUUUUAUUUUAUUUUUAAAA